AUGGCCGGAAACAAGUUUUGGGGAGGGGCAAGUUCCUCAGAGUCCGACUCUGAUUCCGAUGCCAGCGAUAGCGAGGAGGAGAAGCCCGUGGCGGCGGCGCCGCGGAAAAUGGCGCGAUGGGCAGAGGCCUCCUCUAGUGAGGACGAAGGUGUUGCGCAGAGACGCGUGGUGCGCUCACACACCGACAAGAAGAACGAGCAGAUGCUGCAGCAAAUCCGUAUCAUGAAAAAUCACAUGAAGAACGAUGACUUUGCCAGCACGAUCACCGACUAUGAGGCCCUCAUCAAGAUGUUGGAAAAGCUCCGCAACCAGGUCGAGGCGGAGGGAGGGCCUCCCAAGCAGUUCAUCAAAGCCAUCGGUGCGCUCGAGGACUACAUCGAGAAGACCCACGGGGAGAUUCAGGAGAGGAAGCAGAAGGGCGUGAAGCUCCCGGAGAACAAGGCCAAGGCCUUCAACACCCUCCGCUCCAAGGUGAAGAAGGGCAACAAGACCUACGGCGACGAUCUGCAGCAGUUCCGGAACAACCCCGACGACUUCCAGUCUGAGGAGGAGCAGAAUGCCGACGACUCCGACUCCGCCAGCGAGGAGGGUGCGGCGGCCGCCAGCUCCAGCUCCUCGGACUCGGACUCGGAUUCCGACUCCUCCUCCAGCUCCAGCUCCGACAGCGAUUCGGACUCCGACACGGGCAGCGACAGCAGCGCAAGCAGCGACUCCAACUCCUUUGACAGCAGCGAAAAGAGCGGAGACAGCGACGCGGAGGGCGAUGAGGAUUUGGUGCGCGAGAGGAAGAUGCUCCGGUGGCUCAUUACCCCCGAGAAGCUGGCCGAGCGCGAGAAGAAGGCAGAAGCAGCCAAGGCCAAAGUGGACGAGAACAAGGCUAAGGAGCAGGAGAAGCGCGCCCGCAAGAAGGACAAGGCCGAGGAGGGCCAAACCCGGGCCACCCAUCAGAAGCUGGUGCAGACUCGCCGUUUUGAACGGGAGGCAGGCUUCUUCUCCAAGCCGAAGAGACAAUCAGACCAGAGGAGUGCCGGCCUUUUCGUGCUGCUUGCGGCCUGCUUUUUCCGCGCGCAGAGCGAGGAGCACCUGACGCAAGCCCUUGCAAGCGAUGAAGGUGCAGACUCCGCCCUGUCGGCCUUGCAGACAAGGGCCCUGACCCUGCAAGCUCCCAACGCCACCAACGCCACCAACGCCACCAGCGCCACUGCCAACGCCACUGGCACCAACGCCAGCAAUGCCGCGAGCGGAGUGGCCAACGUGACCAAGGUGUCAGUGUGUACGUCAGGCGCCCAGAUCCCGUUUUCCAACCGCGGCCCUGGCACCGAGUGCUUCGCCUCCGCCUUGGGCGAAGAGUGCUCAUACCAGUGCGAGGAGGGAUACAUCGGGGUGGGAAGGCACGUGUGCCAGACCAUCAUGGCGGAGGGCCAGGUGUGGAAGGACAAGUCCUUCUUCGGGGGGAAUUGCUGGCGCCUUUGCGCUGAUUCUCCCACCUGCACGUCUCCCCAGGUGCCGAUGCGGGUGAACUCCACGGAUGCCUCGGGGUGGUGUAUGAAGACCACCUGCUUCGACGAAAUGGGCGCGCUGAUGAACAUUGCUGAGGGCAACUACGAGGUGUGGAAGCUGGCGCGGGAUGAGAGCUCCGGGUGCUACGCGGACCACGUGAACCUGGAUACCCAAACCGCAGCCCUGGGAUCCUCCGAUGCCACGGGCAUGGGCAUUAUCAUGGAGUGCAUCGCGGAUGCCAUGGGCUGGAUCUCUCGCGACCAGUUCCUGCAGCGCGUCAACCAGACGCUCUCUGCAUACGCCGGGAUUCAGCCAGGCAACCAAACCUGGAACUUCCGGCGAGGCCCUAGAGGCUGGGUGCCGCGCUUCUUCGACAUCAAGUCCGGGGACCUCCUCUCCGAGGGAACCGAGGAGAAAGUUGGAGAGACAUGGUCGGUGAUGUCUACGGGCCUCUUCUACUCGGGGGUGCUGUUCGUGCAGACUUACUUGAAAAACACCGGUGCCUACAAGACCAAUGCGGAAGCUGGAGAGAUCAUGUCGCUGGCCGCCCGCAUGAUGGACAUGGUCGAUGACUGGCACAGUAUGCUGUGCUAUCAAGCCUUCGCCUCCGAUGAAGCUUUGGAGGGCUACAACGGCACAGGCAUCCCCUUCCUCAUGGACAGUGACGGCCAGUGCCGCGCCAUCAUGUGGCCUGAGAGGGACGGGUACUACCCCUUCAACGAGCAGAUCUCCGCCGACUGGAUCGCCACGGCGCGGGUCUGCUUUCAGAGCGACCAGUUCCCAUGCUCCCGACCCGCCAUGGUGAACAUGUGGAAGGCGGUGGUCGGCAGGGCGUCACAUCCCAACGUGGUGAUUGACGGCUACCCCAUUCUGUCGGAUUGGCCAGCGUACAUUGUGCAGCUGCCCUACUACACAGUCAACAUGGUCAACUCGGAUGCUACCUUCCUUGACAUGUUCAAGAAUGGCUGGUUGGCAGAUUGGGCAGACUACAACAGCAGCGUCUUCUACGGGGGCUCCAACCGCUAUGGUAUGGGGGCAGGACCGGACAUGGAGUGGUGCUCCGGGGCCACGUACUUCGCGGACCGCUACACCAUGAACCCCGCCGACGCCAAGUGCCGGACCUGGAGCCCCUACAGCGUGGCCGGGUGGCUGCCGGCCGCGCCGGACACCAUCAAGGGCCACUUGCUGGAGAUGCUGGCCACGGGGGAGGCAGUGUACCCUUUUCCUGGCACGGACAAGCACAUUUUGUGGCGCAAGUCGAUUCUGGAUCCCUCCAUGAACUGGAGCAGCUACGUCACUACCAUCGACAUUGCCGGAGAGUUGUUUGGGCUCAGCACUCUGAAGCUCGGGGUGGACUUCUUCCGCAAGAACACGAACCACUUCAGCAAAGCCCAGGGCUUUCACCACUUGCCCACCCCGGGGCCUUUGAACCCGGACCCCAAGGAGCUCACCAACAAGGUCACAGAGAUCGCCCAGCAGCGCGGCCGCCGCGGUUUCGACCGCAAGGCGUACAUGGAGAAGCUGCAGAAGCUUCUGGUGCACGCGGCCAAGCAUGGGCCGCUGGAGCAGCUGUACAUCUACGCCUCCAUGGUCUCUGCGGACUUUGACAACACCGGCAGCGCCUUCGCCGCCAUGAAGAUCGAGCUGUGGAACGAGGCACUCCAGAAGGUGAACAAGAUGCUACCACUGCUGACGGAGUCCUACAACAACCUGAAGAACAGCUCGGAGGACAAGGCAAGCGCAGGUGACACCGAGCUGGAAGAUCCCAAGUCGCACCCUAGGCUCCAGGAGCUGUUCCUUUCCUUUGUGGAGAAGCUGGACGAUGAGCUGUACAAGGCACUUCAGUUCAACAGUGACGUGUACGCCUCAGAGUACGGCGAGAUUUUGGGUAACUCCUCUAAGUGCCUGGUCUUGCUGAACCGCACGCUGCGGUAUUUCGAGGAGGUGAAGGAGACCAAGCACCUGGGGAGCAUCGCCGCCAGACUCAUGGAGCAGCUCUACUACAAGCCGGACAGCUUGAACGCAAGGGUCUACGAGGCGAUCCCUCACACCAUGCCAGAGGAGUCCAAAGAGCAUUGGGUUUGGCCCAAGGACUCCAAGGCCUACAUGGGCAAGCUCUGCCAUUACGUCUGGAACGCCGGAGACACGCGUUUGCGACACCGUGCUUGUCUCUGCCAAGCCUAUCACCUGGCACUGCACGACUGCUUCCAGCCUGCGCGGGAUCUUUUGCACCUCGGCAACUUCCAGGAGCAGGCUUCGCAGUCUGACGUGCACACGCAGAUUUUGUACAACCGUGUCAUUGCGCAGAUCGGGCUCUCUGCCUUCCGCCUGGGGAAGAUCACUGAGGCCCACAAUUGCCUGAUGGAUGUGUGCCAGUACAACAAGGGCCGGGAGUUGUUGGCGCAGGGCUUGAGCUACGCCAAGAACAUGGAGCGCACAGUGGAGCAGGAGCGUGCGGAGAGGCAGCGGCAACUGCCCUACCACAUGCACAUCAACCUGGAGGUGCUGGAGAGCGCACAGCACAUUUGCGCCAUGCUGCUGGAGGUUCCGAACAUGGCAAUGCAGGCCAUUGACCCCAGCAACAAGCGCAUCAUCUCCAAGGUGCUGCGGCGAGCUUUGGAGGCUUACGACAAGCAGCAGUACACUGGGCCACCAGAGACUGCCAAGGACUCGGUGGUUGCGGCAGCGAAGGACUUGCAGCGUGGCGAUUGGGCCAAGGCCUGUUCUCAGCUGGAAAGCUUGCAGCUUUGGCACCACAUCGACACCAACCACCCCGAGAACGGGGAGAAGGUGAAAGCUAUGAUCACGGAGAAGAUGAAGGUGGAGGCGUUGAGGACCUACUUGUUUUCCUACGCCUCCAUCUAUGACGCCUUCCAUUUGGACCAACUUGUACAGAUGUUCAGCUUGGACGAGCGAAGCGUGCACUCCACCAUUUCCAAGAUGAUGAUCAAGGAAGAGAUUACCGCGUUCUGGGACGAGUCUUCUAAAUACGUCCUGGUGCAGCACGUAGAGCCUUCACCUCUGCAGCGCCUUGCCAUCACCCUGGCAGAGCGAGCAGUGCAGGCGGUGGAGAACAACGAGCGCCUCGUGGACCUGAAGUCGGGCGGCUUUGCCUUUAAGGACGGCGCCCGAGCUCAGCCGGGCCUGGCCACCGAGAAGGGCAAGGGCCGUAUGGGCAAGGGCUUCGACAUGAAGGCCGACAUGAAGGGCGCCAAGGGGAAGGGCCGUGGCAAAGGCGGUUUUGCCCAGCCUGCGCGACGCGCGGGUGGUUGGGAGAACGCCCGCGCGGGCGCGAUGCGGGGCACGCAGCGUGGUUGGUCCACGGGCAUCAAGAACUAA